AUCUUUCGGCCAAAGCAAUUAUUGCGAGAGACAUCUCUAUCCUCUCUUUCCACCCAAAUAUCUCAUUGUCUUUCCCUCUAAAAAGUCCCAUAUCUAAAAUGGACUUCUCCUUUCUACCAUACUUCAACACAAAUCUAGUUGGCCUCCUUGCCAUACUUUUCUUUUCCUAUGUUAUACUAAGAAGAUUGAGAGCUCCCAAAGCUCGAAAAGCACCAGAAGCAGCCGGUGGAUGGCCUCUAAUAGGUCAUCUCCGCUUAUUAGCAGGAGGUUCUCAACUUCCCCACAUGACAUUGGGAGCCUUAGCUGACAAGUAUGGACCAGCAUUCACCAUUCGAGUUGGGGUGCACCCAGCUUUGGUGAUCAGUACUAGCGAGUUAGCCAAAGAAUGCUUCACCACCAAUGAUGUUUCCCUUUGUUCUCGACCCAAAAUAAUUAGUGGGAAACAUUUUGGUUACAACUAUGCCAUGUUAGCUUUCACUUCCUAUGGUCCUUACUGGCGUGAAAUACGCAAGAUUACCUCUUUAGAGCUACUCUCAACUCGCAGGCUUGAACUACUCAAAGGUGUCAAAGCCUCUGAGAUGGAGACCUCUUUGAAGGAGCUAUAUAAGUUUUGGGAAGAGAAAAAAAGUGGCAAUAAAGACCAUGUUUUGGUGGACAUGAAGCAAUGGUUUGGGGACCUAAGUCUAAAUGUGAUUCUUAGAAUGGUUGCUGGAAAGAGGUACUAUGGUACUAGUGCUGCGAGUGAUGAGGCUCGAAGGUGUCAUGAGGCAUUGAGAGAGUUCUUUCAUUUGGCUGGGCUUUUUGUGGUUGGGGAUGCUAUUCCUUACCUUGGGUGGUUGGAUUUGGGUGGGUAUGAGAAGGCCAUGAAGAAAACAGCAAAAGAGUUGGAUGGUAUAGUUACAGAGUGGUUGGAAGAGCACAAGGAGAAGAAAGCUUCAGGUGAAGCAAAACUAGGAGAGCAAGAUUUCAUGGAUGUCAUGUUGUCUAUCCUUAAUGGAGCUAACCUUGGUGGUUUUGACGCUGAUACUGUCACCAAAGCCACAUGCUUGAGUAUGAUUGCAGGAGGCAGUGACUCAACCACAGGUACUUUGACAUGGGCUCUUUCACUAUUGUUGAACAACCGCCAUGUUCUAAGAAAAGCUCAAGAAGAACUGGAUAUCCAUGUGGGAAAAGGAAGACUUGUAAAUGAAUCCGAUAUCAAUAAGCUGGACUACCUCCAAGCCAUUGUUAAAGAGACACUUCGAUUAUACCCAGCUGCACCACUUCUAGGACUACGUGAAUUCGCUGAGGAUAGCAACAUAGGUGGCUACCAUGUUACCAAAGGCACUCGAUUAAUGGUGAAUCUUUGGAAGAUUCAAACAGACCCUCGUAUAUGGUCCGAACCACUUGAGUUCAAGCCAGAGAGAUUUCUAACAACCCACAAGGAUAUCGAUCUUAAGGGCCACCAUUUUGAGUUCCUUCCAUUUGGUAGUGGUAGAAGAGCUUGUCCUGGACUGGCUUUUGGUCUUCAAAUGACAAGCUUAGCAUUAGCUAGUUUGCUACAUGCUUUUGAAAUCUCAGCUUCAUCAAAUGAAUUGGUUGAUAUGACUGGGAGCUUAGGGCUUACAAACUUCAAAGCUACACCACUUGAUGUUCUCGUCAAACCACGCCUGCCUUCAUUCUUUGAUGCAUAAAGAAUAAUCUAUCACAUCAAAUAAUAGAGCUAUUAUGGUUUGGUGAGGGAUUGCAUCAGAAUUUAGUUAUGUUUGAUUUGUAUUGGUUAUGGAGUAAUAAUAAUUUAAGAGUCCCAUGUGCUUUCUGUUGUACUCCAAUUUCUGUUAACGAAAUAUCAGUUUCCUUUAUAUAUAUAUAUAUAUAGUUAGGAGGCUUGCUGCUGUAAAACUCAUUGCCGAGCA